AGUUCGAUCUUUGGUGGGGCUUUUGGAAGAAAGUUUCCUCCUUUAUCGGAAAACCACCCUGGUCCCUGUUUUUUCAAUCUUCUUCUAAUAUUUUCCGGCGAAAAUGUCGAACGACGGCAAUGGCGGAAACGACAUUGACCCUUUACUCCAAUACUUGCUAAGCCCUAGAAUUAACCCACCACCGCCUCUAUUUCCCUUACCGGAAAACGACGACGUCACGAUCCCGAUGCCGAUGACUCCAUCGGAAUUCAAAAACCGAUUAAUCUUCGGCCCAUUUCCUCGCUCUCAACGAGAUUCCUCCCUUCUCGUCGACGCUCUCUCUCAAAACCCUUCGCCGUCGUCUUCCUCCGCCACAACCUCGCUCUCCGAUUCCUCAAACGUAGACCUCCUCCUCCCAGCUCCGGAACCCAGUUUACCCGGGCCAAAACCCAAAUCGACCCACCAUAGAUUCCACCGAUCCAAAACAGCUCCUGCCAUGGCAGCAAUCAACGAUCUAGCUUACCCGAUUGAUCUGAAAACAGAGCAAUCAGGUUCGAAAUCCGUCGUGAGAAGAGCUGUUGCUUUGCUCGUCGUGUAUCUCUCCUUAGGUGUGCUUUUCUAUUGGUUGAAUCGAGAUAGCUAUCAAGUGAAUCAGACGCAUCCUAUUGUUGAUGGUUUAUACUUUUGUAUCGUCACAAUGUGCACAAUCGGUUUUGGAGAUAUCACGCCUGAUACUGUCGUUACCAAGGUGUUUGCGAUCUUGUUUGUGCUCGUUGGGUUUGGUUUCAUCGAUGUAUUGCUUAGUGCGAUGGUAAGUUACGUUCUUGAUCUCCAAGAAAACUAUAUGUUGGAAGCUGCGAGGAACGAGAGCUUAGAAGAGCCGGAGAAGAAGAGAUCGUAUAUAAUAGAUGUGAAGAAAGGGAGGAUGAGGAUUAGGUUGAAAGUUGGAUUGGCUUUGGGUGUUGUGAUGCUAUGCCUUGGUUUUGGAGUUUUGCUUAUGCAUUUCUUUGAGAAAAUUGGGUGGUUGGAUUCGUUUUAUUUCUCGGUUAUGUCGGUUACUACGGUCGGUUACGGUGACCGGGCUUUUAAGACGUUACCCGGUAGGCUUCUUGGUGGGAUAUGGUUGCUUGUGUCUACUUUAGCUGUUGCUCGAGCGUUUUUGUAUUUGGCUGAAGCAAGAGUUGAUAAGAGGAAUAGAGAGAGGGCCAAGAGAGUGCUUGGUGAAAACUUGUCUAUCUCUCAGUUCUUUGCUGCGGAUAUCGACAACAAUGGCUGCGUUAGUAAAGCAGAGUUUGUGAUAUACAAACUAAAGAAGAUGGAGAAAAUAACCGAUAAGGACAUUAAUCCGAUCGCUAAACAGUUUGAUAUGCUUGACCGAUCUAAUAGUGGAAGGAUUACUCUUCUAAAUCUCUUGGAAACCAGCACCAACGAUUUAUCCACUGCCACCUCUGUUUAGGAAACUGAAGAUGACAACAAAACAUCGCCAUUUCCGGUUUAUGUGAAGCGGUUUAAAUUCUGGUUUGUCUUGAUCUUUUCUUAUAGCAGAGAGUAUUAUUACCUUCUCACCUAAUGAUGACGAUGAAGAAGUUUGAUGUUCGGUUUCUUGAUCGCUUUGAUGUCAUACCAAAUGGAUAUAUGCCAUUGGUUUGCUUUGCUGUGAUGAAGAGGUUUAAAAGGAUUCAUUUCAUGUAUUGUAUAUCCUUAAAUUCUGAUUGAUACUUCGGUUUGAUCGAAACCUUUUGUUUCGGUUUGGAUUAAUAAUUUGUGCUCAUAAUACCAAAAGAGUGUAAAUGUUGAUGUAAAAA